AUGCCUUUCACCAAGCUCGUCAAGAACAGCGCGUACUUCAGCCGCUACCAGAACAAGUACAACGCCCCGAAGUACCGCCUGGUCGUCCGAUUCACCAACAAGGACAUCAUCUGCCAGAUCGUUACCUCCGAGCUCACCGGCGACAAGGUCUUCUGCGCUGCCUACGCUCACGAGCUGAAGCGCUACGGUAUCAACCACGGUCUCACCAACUGGGCCGCCGCAUACUGCACCGGUCUUCUGCUUGCCCGCCGCACGCUCAGCAAGCUCAAGCUUGACGAGGCAUUCGAGGGUGUGGAGGAGGCUGACGGCGAGUUCACCGUUACCGAGCCCACCGAAGUCGAUGGCGAGACCCGCCGCCCAUUCAAGGCGUACCUCGAUGUUGGUCUUACGCGCACCAGCACCGGUGCCCGUGUCUUCGGCGCUAUGAAGGGUGCAUCCGACGGUGGUCUCUACAUCCCUCACUCCGAGAAGCGUUUCCCCGGUUACGACAUGGAGACCAAGGAGCUCGACGCCGAGACUCUCCGCAAGUACAUCUUCGGCGGCCACGUUGCCGAGUACAUGGAGACUCUCGCCGACGACGAUGAGGAGCGCUACAAGUCCCAGUUCAGCGGCUACACCGACGACGAGAUUGAGGCCGACGGUCUUGAGGAGCUCUACCAGGACGCGCACAAGCAGAUCCGUGAGGACCCAUUCAAGAAGGAUGAGAACGCUGGCGAGAAGAAGAGCAAGGACUACUGGAAGGCAGAGUCGCUCAAGUUCAAGCAGAAGAAACUCACGCACGCUCAACGCCAAGAGAAUGUGCAGAAGAAGAUCCAGGCUCUUCUUGCUUGA